UUCGCAUGAAUAAAAGGUUCUACAUCAAGUCGAAUUUAAACCAGUUUCAAUUAAUUCGUGCAACAUUAACAACUAAACUGGAAUAGCAAUGUUGAAUAAGAUAAUACCUUUUUUUGGCGAUUCUAUCAGGAUGUACCUAUGUACAUUCAUGUACACUCAAUAUUGGCGGACCGUCGCCCUUAUUUACAAAGGAUUUUGGAUCUAAAACUAUAGUUUUCAAAGCACAUGGAAACAUAUUGGUAUUUGAAAACGGUGAAACUAUUCAGGCUUACUGUGCCAACGGAAUAAUUGUGGAGAGGGAUUACUAUGGUAAUCUUUCCCCAAAAGAACGUACGGCAACGUUCUUAUGUGAAGGGACUUCAAUUCGGGUUUCAGGAAGUGUCCAAAGUAAUUUAAAAGUUUUUUGCUCACCUGAGCCAACUCUAAGUCUUUACGAAAGCAGCAGAGAAUUACAAAAAUGUACAUCUUUUAUGAGCUAUGCACUCGGUGUUAAGCUUCCAGCCGUUGGUGAUAUCACCAAAGCUGCCGUCUGUUAUGACCUGGAAAGGCUAACAUUGAAAUUCGUCACCUAUAUUGCGGACCAUAAAAAAGUUUUGAUAACAAAUAAGCUAAAAACUGUGAGCGAAUUGCCUGUGAAUUUGGCUGAAAAAGUCAAUGGCUUGAAAAACUAUUUCAAUUUCAUAGAUCAAAAAUCGUUGGAAAUAUCACAAGAACUUGAGAAGUUCCCCUUCAAUUCAAAUGAAUUUCACUUCUCGAGCUUAUUGCAAAGCGAACCGCUGAAUGAUGAACUCAAAGACUAUGCCUAUCUCUUCAACACAAUGUGGUGGCGCCAAUUGCGUCAGGAGAACUGGCGCUACUUUCUCGAUGCACUGCGCGAACGCACGCUGUCUGCCAAAUAUCAAGUUUU